UCGCAAAAAAAAAUCGCACCGAACAGAAGCCAAGUUGCUACCACUUUUUUUCACCGUUUCAAUCGCACACGAAAUAGCAGUAUUAUUGUUGUUACCACCGUUUGUUGUGGUUGUUGUUUGCAUUUUUUUGACUGUGUUUUACAACCGAGUGUUAAGAGCGCAAGGCGUAGAAAAAUCAGAACAUUAGAUAGCGAGUUAAAAGGGUUUACAAGACGCAAAGUGCCAACGUGUGAGUGGUUAAUUGCCCUUUGAGUUUCCGAAAUCCCGAAGGUUCCGAAAGUAGUUUUUCGAAUUCAAGCCCAAGUGGCCAAGGGCAUCGAUUCGACGACCCGGAGAACGCCGGGAAAUGCAGAGCUACGCGGACGCACUGAGUGCCAAGGGCUAUCGCAGCUUUGGAUUCGACACGGACAUGGAAAUGGACAUGGACAUGGGCUGCACGAUGCGCCGCAUCGAGAAGCGGAAGGGCGGUGAUCUCACUGAUUCUCCGGUCGAUGAAAAAGCCGAAGCUGAUGUGGAGGUGACCAACGAGAUCUCGGCUCCAUAUGAGGUGCCACAAUUUCCCAUUGAACAGAUAGAAAAGAAGCUGCAAAUCCAGCGCCAUCUCAAUGAAAAGCAGGCCACAGGACCUAGACCAGUUGCCGCAGCUUCCGUGCUUUCAUCGCACAGAGAAUCAUCCAGCAGCACCGAGGGUCACGACUCCGCCACCGAAAUGGAUAGAAACGACGCGGACAUCAACUUUCAGCGGGUCUCCAUCUCGGGUGAGGACACCAGCGGCGUUCCCCUCGAGGAUUUGGAGCGGGCCUCGACCCUGCUGAUCGAAGCACUGCGCCUGCGCAGCCACUACAUGUCCAUUUCGGAUCAGUCGUUCCCCUCGACCACUGCGCGAUUCCUUAAGACGGUGCGGCUCAAGGAUCGCAUCAACAACAUUCCCGUUAAGGAGGUAUCAGACAUCAUUCGCAAAAUGAGUGUUACGAACAUACAAGACGCCCAUUUGAAGACUUCGCACGCAAAGAUUACAAAUCCGUGGAACGUGGAGUUUCCCAAAGAUGAGGAUUUCAAGAUCAAGCCUCUCAACGGAGUGUUCCACAUUUACGAGAAUGAAAAUGAGAGCAGCGAAAUCAAAUUUGAGUACCCGGACAUGAGCCAAUUCGUUAACGACAUGCAGGUCAUGUGCAAUAUGAUUGCCGAUGGACCAUUAAAAUCGUUUUGCUAUCGACGCCUCUGCUAUCUGUCGUCCAAGUACCAGAUGCACGUGCUCCUCAACGAACUCCGUGAGCUGGCCGCCCAGAAGGCGGUGCCACAUCGCGAUUUCUACAACACACGCAAGGUGGACACCCACAUCCAUGCCGCCUCCUGCAUGAACCAGAAGCACCUGCUGCGCUUCAUCAAGAAGACGCUGAAGAACAACGCCAACGAGGUGGUCACCCACACCAAUGGUCAGGCGAUGACCCUCGCCCAGGUGUUCCAGUCGAUGAACCUGACCACCUACGACCUGACCGUCGACAUGCUGGACGUCCACGCCGAUCGCAAUACGUUCCAUCGCUUCGACAAGUUCAACUCAAAGUACAAUCCCAUCGGGGAGUCGCGGCUCAGGGAGGUGUUCCUCAAGACGGACAACUAUCUGAAUGGAAAAUACUUUGCGCAGAUUAUUAAGGAAGUUGCUUUCGAUUUGGAGGAGUCCAAGUACCAGAACGCUGAGCUGCGUCUCUCCAUCUACGGCAAAUCGCCGGAUGAGUGGAUCAAACUGGCCAGAUGGGCCAUCGAUAACGAUGUCUAUAGCUCGAACAUCCGUUGGCUGAUCCAGAUACCGCGUCUCUUCGACAUCUUCAAGUCGAACAAGAUGAUGAAGUCAUUCCAGGAGAUUUUAAACAACAUAUUCCUGCCGCUCUUCGAGGCGACAGCCAGACCCAGUCAACAUCCGGAGCUGCAUCGCUUUUUGCAGUACGUUAUCGGGUUCGAUUCCGUGGACGAUGAGUCCAAGCCGGAGAAUCCGCUCUUCGAUAACGAUGUUCCACGGCCGGAGGAAUGGACCUACGAGGAGAAUCCUCCCUACGCGUACUACAUCUACUACAUGUACGCCAACAUGACGGUGCUGAACAAGUUUAGACACUCGCGUGGCAUGAACACCUUUGUGCUGCGACCCCAUUGCGGCGAGGCUGGACCCGUGCAGCAUUUGGUGUGCGGCUUCCUGAUGGCCGAAAACAUCUCCCACGGCCUACUGCUCCGCAAGGUGCCGGUGCUACAGUAUCUAUAUUAUCUGACCCAGAUCGGCAUUGCCAUGUCGCCGCUGUCGAACAAUUCCCUGUUCCUCAACUACCAUCGCAAUCCGCUGCCGGAGUAUUUGGCCCGAGGUCUUAUCAUUUCCCUCUCCACGGACGAUCCCUUGCAAUUCCACUUUACCAAGGAACCCCUUAUGGAAGAAUACAGCAUUGCGGCCCAGGUGUGGAAGCUCAGCUCCUGCGACAUGUGCGAGUUGGCCAGGAACAGUGUGAUGAUGAGUGGAUUCCCACACGCUAUAAAGCAGCAGUGGCUGGGGCCCAUUUACUACGAGGAUGGCAUUAUGGGCAACGACAUCACCCGCACCAAUGUGCCCGAGAUCCGAGUGGCCUAUCGCUAUGAGACGCUGCUGGACGAGCUCUCCAAUAUCUUCAAGGUGAACCAGACCUGCUCCGAGCACUCUUCGUAGACUGGACCCCUUGCUCCAUCGCGUUGUUGUGGCUUCCUACGCUAACUUAAUGCAAUUUACGCAGAUAUAUACGCUAGUUAUAUACAUAUAUAUAUAUAAUUUAAAUGUUUCUGUACUAACCAAAAUGUAAACGCGGCAGACCAAAACCUUUAAAUAUACAAAACUUGUACACGCAA